AUGUCGCACGAACGAAGCGCGAGCGGGGAUAAGAUGAUAGAGGCGGGUGAGAAGCUCGAGCGAGCGUACUCGCCGAGCCUGCGAAGCGGAGAGCACGCCGAGGUGGGAUGUCGAGACUCGAUGGAGGACGCGGUGGUGUUGGACGAUAACGUACGGGUGAAGGGCGCGGAGGACGUGGUGGCGUUCUACGGCGUCUUUGAUGGACACGGCGGGCGAGCCAUGGCGGAGUUUUUGCGUGAUAAUCUCAUGAAGAAUGUGGUUGAGAAUGAUCAUUUCAUCUCGAAUCCUGAAUUGGCGCUGAAGGAGGCGUUUUAUCGGACCGAUGAAGACUUUUACGCCACGGCGGGACCUAGUGACACAAGCGGAAGCACGGGGCUAGCGGCGUGCGUCAUCGGUGGGAAGUUGUACAUCGCCAACGCCGGCGAUUGUCGUGCGGUGUUGAGUCGUAAGGGGAAGGCUAUCGAUCUCUCCAUCGAUCAGAAACCUAGCUCGCAGAGCGAAAUGGAGAGGAUUAAAAGCGCAGGCGGUUUCGUCGAGGACGGGUACGUGAACGGACUGCUUGGCGUCUCGAGAGCGUUCGGAGACUGGCACAUUGAAGGUCUCAAGGGUCGUGGAGGCAAGCCGGGUCCCUUGACGGUCGAUCCUGAGAUCGAGAAGACUCGAUUGACGGAGGAGGACGAGUUUUUAAUCCUCGCUUGUGACGGCUUGUGGGAUGUUUUUAGCUCACAAAAUGCCGUUGACAUGGCGCGAGCAAGCCUUCGUCAGCACAACGAUCCAACAAGCACGGCGAGAGAGCUCGCGUCCGAAGCACUACGAAGGCAUAGUUCCGACAACGUGUCCGUCGUCAUCGUGUGCUUGACUCCAGAGCCACCAAAGAAGGAAACGUUCAUACGAACGUCACCGAGCUUGCUACGUUCCCUCUCCAUCGACGCCAUAUCUCAGGUGUCGAGAGCAAUGGCCGAAGAUGCCAACGCACCGCCUGUACCGCAGGCAUUCGCACCAAAAAGAGUGCACUCGCUGAGAGACUUGAGUCACGUUCGAAGCUGCUCGGGAGAUUCAGAUGACUCGCUAGCUGCCGAGAUAGCUUCGCAACCAAGCGCCGAACAGGUGUCGCAAGUCUUAGAAAGCAUCGCAGCUAUUAACGUACAGAACAAUGUGCAGACCGGAGCUCUGGGGUUGGAGCGGAUGAAUAGCUCGUCUGUCGGUCUCGAACCAAUGAGCGAACUGGACACGCUUGAUGAGGAAGAGGCGACGUAA